CGCGUGUGCACUGUUGCAGACAAGCGGAGAGCAAGCGAAAUUUCCUUGAGGAGAACAAUGCCCCUCGCUUCCACGUCAACGACACAUCCCCUGCCAUGACCCCCGCCCCAAGACCUAAUCUGCACAAUGGGCCCCUGUCCACACAACCUGAGAACGUCGACGCCCUUGGGCCCGGCUUGUACAUGCCCCCCACCCCCCACCCAAGCCUCAUUUUUCUCACUCGACAUCAGACGCGAGAUCUGUGUCACGUCAUUUAGUCUCGGAUUCAGCCAGAGCUCCAUCCUGAGAAGUACCCGGUAUUGUUCUGCCCAAGCACUGUGAUACCAGGCCAAGUAACGGUUUCAACAAAGAGCAAGCAAUCCCCCUCUGCUCCGCUGUCUCUCCUCUCACCACAACCCCCACCACCUCUCAAGCUCCUUUGACUGACUUCCACAUCAGGCCUCCAGGCUUUCUCGCUACGCUCUCGUCUGUCCCUUGGCCUCUGCCAUCGACACCCUGCAAUGCCGUCGCUUUGCUGGAUUCGCUCCGACCCGGAGCCCCAUCUCGAGACGGUGCACAUCGAAACCGUUUCCCGGUACCUUGACCAAUGCAUGGACGUCCUGCAUCGCCAGAGCAACGAUGCCUCUGCAACAACCGCACCUCCCAUACUUGGCAUCUGCGGCUUUGACCAGCCCGUUGCAUCCAUGCUCGCUCUCUUCUACGCCAAGCACAACGGUGUCAUCGUCGCGCCGUGUAUGGACGAGCUGCGUGGUCAAGUGGACGUCGUGCUGCGUGGUCCUCGACUCGACGCAGCAGACCCCAACAUCGUUUGCCUCACCAACCCACGCACCUGGCAAACAUCAACCUGCGGCACACUCACCUUCAAACCGAACCCCACCAACACCGACAUCCCCACCAACGACAAUACCAGCGACAGCAGCAACACAGCUGGCCCGGUUGUCCUGGAGCGCGACCAUGUGCUGGCCGCUCUCCAUGAUACCACUUCCACCGCCCUGCACACCCCUGCGACCACACACGUUGUUGUUGCUCCAACCCAUUCCACCGAGGCAGUGCACGCGGCGCUGUUGUGUCUCACCGGCUGCGACGUCACCCUCGUCACGUGCGCCGCCCUCCCCGUUUUCGUUCGCAUGCAAGCACCUCUCUUCUCCACCGCCUCUCUCGCACUGCACGUGUCCCACGAAGGCAUGGCCAUCCUGUCUCACCUCAUCGCUGCCGAGCGUGAGGCACUUUCCACCAAUGGACACCACGAACAACAGCAUCACCGCCACGACAGCGAGACCGACUUGGACGCCAAUCACCACGCCGACUCUGUACGGCGCUCCUCAGGCUCGACUGCUGAUGCCGCCGCGUUCGUUCAAGCUGCCGCGCACGUGCAGAUCACUGCGCCCUGGUUGAGCAAGACCGUCCUCGCCAACUUCCUGUCCGCGAUUCUUGCCGUGCACGCGUCCGACGCGACACUGCCAACGCUCGCCACCGCCACGUCUCCCCUCCGUCCUUCACGGAGCCUCUGCCCCUCACCCACCGCGGCCGCCCCAUCGUCGCGUGCGCCCGCCUUGACACAGGUGUCGCUCGCGCCGCUUCGUUCUCGCCUCUUCCACGUAAAGGAUCUGCUUGGUCGCACGUUUGGGAGCGUUCUUUGUGCUGACCGCUGCUUUGACGCCUCCGCCGUCUGCCCCACCGCUCCUGCCGCCAUCUCGACCAACACCACAAACACCAUCCAUCCGGCCGCCAACAUCAACCCCACUGCCACUACUUCUACGACCACCGCGACCACCAACGACAGCAACAGCUUGGCAGCGCCCUCGCUCGCUGACAACCGCGCAGCCGUCACAGCCCCCUUGCACCCGAACACGAUGACACCAGCAACGUGCGCGUUCACGGAGACUGCAACCAACCCUGGCACGUGCAUUGCCACCCCGUUCUCGUACGUUGCGCAAUUGUGCUUGCAGCCGGCGAAGGGCGUUUUGUUCGCGACCGUCCUUGAGCCCGAGUCUGCCCACGCCAGCACCAGCACGCAGCACGUCGCCACGAAUGCGCUUGCACCACCCUUGCGCGUGCAUGUCAUCCUCGCCCGUUCCACCUCCACAAACGAGUGCGCGCGUGUACUCCGUUGCCUUGCUGAGGACAUUGCCAACAACACUCCCCUUGCUUGCUUUGUUGUCCACGCGUCCCGGCUCUGCAGCAACGACACGGACGCCCUCGCCAACGCUGUUGAUGGCGUCACCCACCGCGCUGCCCUCAGUGACAUCCAAGCAGUACAGACGAAGGUUGACUUUACAGACGCCCUGGGCGCACACGGAUCCCUUCUCAUGUUCACGGAGAGCCACGACGAUGCCUGCGAACGCCCCACUGACAACGGCUCGGCCCAUCCACCCACCACUACGGCGGACAGCAGCAGCAGCAGCAGCGGCGGCGGCAACAACAACAGCAGUGAUAGACACAUGAUCUCGUCUUCGUCAUCGCGUCAGCAUGAGCAUGUGGCUUCUUUGCUCUAUUCGCUGGCCGGCUCCAUGGGCGACCCUUCCUUGACCGCGCUCAAGACCGCAGAGGCAGCAGUCCACCAAGCCCAGGUGGAGGGCCACAUCGCGCGGUUUCUGGCACACAUCACCGGGUUUGAGGUCACGGAUCACACAGCGCCGCUAACCGCUUAUGGCGUGCAAUCGGAGGAGGUUGUGCUCCUGGCGCAACACAUUGCAUCCGCAUACGACAUUGCAGUCUCGCCCACACGCAUCUACGCCCAUCCCACCGUUCGUUCACUUGCCACCUGGCUCGCACAGCAGCUGUCUGCAGCCAAGCAGGGCUUUGGCAAGCCAGCAACACCCUCCGCAACCGAUUCAGACCAGAGCACAUCGCCAUCAUCCUCGCCCUCAUCAACGGCCACGCCAACAGCCUCUUCCCCGCCACACGCGCAAAAGCCCUCACCACCAACGUCAGCAACGUUAGCAACGUCAGCAGACCUUGCCAGUAGCCCGGCUCCAACCCCACCACCAUCGCCAACGUCUCUGACGGGAGCCCAAGCCCGAGCCCGCAACGACAGCCAACACCAACAACAGCAACACGUGCAGGAGGAGAGCCCGCCGCGAACAGCCGUUGUUGGCAUGAGCUGCCGUUUCCCCGGUGCACGCACACUCCACGAGUUUUGGUCGUUCCUCGCCUCGCCACAGCACGCCUGCUUCCCCCUGCCGUGCGAUCGCGCAUCGGCCGAAGCAGACCACCACCAGCAUCAGCAACAACAGUUGCGUGAUGCGCCUUUUGGCGCCUGUAUUGGGGACAUGGGCUUUCUGUCCCCGUCUCGCUUCGGCCUCUCGCCGGCAGCCAUCGCAAACAUGGAUCCGCAGCAGCGCCUCUUGCUUGAGCUGGUGGCAGAGGCCAUCCACUCCAACCCGGAGCUCCCGGCCCAGCUCGAGUGCAGCCGUGUGGGUGUCUUCGUCGGCAUAAGCACUGCGGAUGCCGUGAAGAUGAACGCGCGCCGCCAUUCACCGCCCCCGCCAUCUGCAGCCAUCCUGGGUGAAUCCCACGCCAUUGCCAGUGGCCAGAUUGCCUUCCACUUCAAUUUCCGUGGGCCCGCACUGACGAUUGACACUGCAAGCUCCUCCUCGCUCGCUGCGCUCCACGUCGCCGUGCAGAGCAUGGAUGCGCACGAGUGCGACUUUGCCAUCGUUGCAGGCGUCAACAGCAUCCUCAGCAACGAUGUGGUGCGCGCAUAUCAGCAACUGGGCAUGCUCAGCCCAACAGGCCGCUGCCACACCUUUGAUCAGGACGCCGACGGCUACGUGCGCGGCGAGGGUUGCGGUGUUGUCAUUCUGCAAGCUCCCCCACGCCCCACUGCAACUCGCUACACCACCACCGACGCCAACACUGACGCGAGUGGCGGCGCCGUUGACCAGGACCACAACCGUCACCAUCAGUGUCGACAGCACCUUGCACCGCAAUUUCCGUGCCCGAAGCGCGUCAGGGCGUUUGCACACGUGCUGGGCUCUGCCAUGAACCAGGACGGCCGCUCCAUGUCGCAGACAGCACCAAACGGCGAGCAGCAGGCCAGAGCCAUUCUAUCCGCCCUGGACAGCGCGCGUGUGUCUCCUGCCGAUGUGCACGCCAUUGAAGCCCACGGCUCUGGCACGAAGCUGGGCGAUCCCAUCGAGUUUGAUGCUCUCAUGCACGUGUUCGCUUCAUCCGCUGCCACGCAGGCCCGAACGCGAGCCCUCGAGAUCAGCUGCUUGAAGACCAAGAUUGGCCAUCUGGAGGCCGCAGCGGGCAUUGCAGGCCUCAUCCGUGGUAUCCUGUCCCUGCACAUGCAGGAGCGGCCAGCACUCAACACGGCCCUCAGGCAGCUCAACCCGCUGCUGAACAUCACCUGUGAUGCCAACGGCAACACGUCCGUGAACGGCCUUCACUUGGAUCUCAUCACACCCACGUGCAGCGCGCCUCCCCGUGUCGUGGGCGUCAGCUCCUUUGGCAUCUCCGGCACGAACGUUCAUGCCCUCAUCGGCGCCGUGGAAGGCGACGGUAACAAUAACACGCCCCGCUUUACUGCCGCCGACAUUGCUUUCAUCGGCAGCAGCGAGGACGUGGACCACCCCAUCCACGACUCGGACCGCACGUUCUUCCCUUGGCGGCACGACCAAGCCCGCCUCCCACAGCACCUCAUAUCCUCGGCCGCUGCCGUGGAGGGUGCACACCGCCAGCACGUUGCCAUCACGGCCGCCACCAGCCGAACAGAGCUCGCCGUGCUCGUGGCAGAGCGCUUGCUCGAGCGAGGUGCCCGCGCUGUUCACAUUGUCGGUGCCACAGCUGAGUCGCUGGCGCGAAGUGGCUCGACAGUUUCUUGGGAGCGCACCCAGUUGCGCUUCCCUGGUCUAGUACAUGUGCACGCCUCUUCGACCACCGCAGCAGCAGCGACAAAUGCGGAAGCGCGCCUCCAGGCAACACCCCUGUCAUCAGCACUUGUCGAAGAGCCUCUGUGCCUCCUUGGACUUGGCGAUGACAUGGAAACAAUCGACCUUCCACCAGCCCUCUCACACAGAAUUGCGAGCGGGAACAGCGACAGCGAGUGCCGGCUUCUCCUCGUUGACCCCUCACAGUUUGCUGAGGAUGCCGUCGCCUCGCUGUCAUCAAGAAACAGCGACGUGUUUCGGCAGCGGUCUGGCCUCAACAACUACCUAGAAGCAGUUACCCGCGCACUGGCUGACCCCAGCUACUACCGCACCGUGUUCGUUGAAGGCGGUGCACUCAAGGCCAACCAACAGCAGGCGCAGACGGCUGUCUUGUCUGCAGGCGCGGCAGCUCACGCGCCAGCCUCCUCCGAGCUUGUUCUCGACGCAGUGCUUCGCAUGAUCGAGUCUGUGCUUGGAGUCGCGAUCGCCCCGGAUGAGGCGUUUAUGGACGGCGGGCUGGACUCCAUCGCCCUGCCGCAGCUCGCCGAAACCGUGUCUGACGAGUUUGGCGUGACCAUCUCUGCGCCAGACUUGUUCAGUUUUCACACUCCCGCCCUGCUGGCUGCACACGUUGAAGAGCUCGUGUCGUCAGCUGCACAAACUUCGCCACCAACCACCGCCGACAGCGACGGGGCCCAUGACAACAUGGCACCCGAAGCAACAGCACGUGCACUGAGCACUGCCCGCUUGGAGAGCAGCAUUACCUCCAAAUGUGCAAUGCCCGCCAUCUGCAUCACGGGCAUGGCCUGCCGCUUCCCCGGCGGUGUGCGCACGCUCGACCAGUUCUGGCGUCUGCUCAUGAAUGGCGUUGACACAGUUGGUCGCAUCCCGCGCGAGCGCUUUGAUGUUGACGCCUGGUUUGACCCAGACCGCGCCGCACCCAACAAAAUGUACGUGAAGGAGGCGGCCUUCCUGGAAGACCUUGACUUGUUCGACCACGCCCUGUUUGGGCUCAACCGCACGGAGGCCACCUUCAUGGACCCGCAGCAGCGCCUUGUACUUGAGGUGGCCGCAGAGGCACUGGUUGACGCCGGGUUUGCACUCGACAGCAUUGCCGGCCGAAAUGUGGCCGUGUUUGUGGGCACCGCGAGCCAGGAUUGGCAUGUGGUCAACUUCAACAGCGACAACGUGUACAGCGGGACCGGUGGCAGCCGCGCCAUCCUCGCCAACCGCGUGUCCUACUGCCUGGGCCUCUCCGGUGCCAGCGUGAGCAUAGACACGGCUUGCUCUGCGUCCCUUGUUGGCUUGGCUCUUGCGUGCCAGUGGCUGCAGCACGGCCGAUGCGAAGCAGCCAUUGUCGCCGGCGCCAAUCUGCUCAUGACACCUGAUGUGUUCCUCGCCUACUGCAGGGCAGGCAUGCUGUCGCCCGACUGCCGGUGCAAGACGUUCGACGCAUCCGCCAACGGAUACGUGCGCGGCGAGGGGUGUGGUGCCGUCGUGCUGCAGCGCAACAUUGAUGCCAUGCAGGAAAGGGCCUAUGCCACUGUUCACGCAGCAACAACCAACCAGGACGGGCGCAGCGCCAGCCUGACAGCGCCAAACGGUGUGUCUCAGCAAACGCUCCUGCAGCAUGCCCUGCAGGACGCACAACUCGAGGGCCACGAGAUUGACUAUGUGGAGACGCACGGGACCGGCACGGCGCUGGGCGACCCCAUUGAGAUUGGGGCGCUCAAGGCUGUGCUGGGUGCCGGGCGGAGUGCAGACAGGCCGCUGUGCCUUGGUGCUCUGAAGACGCAGAUUGGGCACACGGAGGGCGCAGCUGGUGUUGCGGGCUUGAUCAAGGCUGUGCUGUGCCUGCAGCACGGUGUUGUGCCGGGCAACCUGCACCUGCAGACGCUGAACCCACACAUCCCCACGAAGAACUUCCCGCUCGUCAUUCCAACAGCUGCUUUCUCCCUGAGUGCCCGCCUGUCUGGUGAUGAGUCUGUGCUGAUUGCGGGUGUCAGCUCGUUUGGUUUUGGUGGCUCAAAUGCCCAUACAAUCAUUUCUGCGCGACCACACAGCCGCACUCGAAAGCUGGGUGCCGCAAGUCAGCACCUCUGCCGCAGACAAUGGAUUCGUGCCUUCGAACAACCCCACGCCUUGUUUGGUGCUCCUGUAGCAGCGUCGCCACAAGCGCCAUCACGGUGUUUGGUCGCACAGUGGCAUGCCUCCACUGUUCUCCUUUACCUCGCUGACCACAAGUUGAACCCAACACAAGCACUCGUGCCGGGAAUGGCAAUGGUGACCUGCGCCGCCAGGUGCUGCAGGCAGGUGUACGGUGAUGUCCCCGUGACCCUCGAAGGUGUCUCCUUCGACAAGGCGUUGUGGAUUGAUACGAAACGGUCGCCAACGAUUGCGGUCGAGGUUGAUGAGGGCACCAGCUCAGCAACAUUCGUAUCGCUGGAAGGAAUUCACAGUGACGCAAAACGUGCUGACGGCACGGUUGAUUUGAGCCGGCUCGGCACCAGCUUGACCACGCUCGCCUGUGAACACCAGGUUGUGCACGCCACAGUCACCACCGCACGCCCCCUCGACAUUGACAUCACAAGCACCACCGCAAGCGCAGGCGCCAGCAACGGCCUGGACACAGCAUGGUUCAGCGACACCAGUGACGUCAGCGCAGGUGAUGACGCUGCUCUGUGGCAGGACGUCGACACGGCUCGGGUUGCGUGUGGGGAUGUGCGCGGGUACGGCAUGCGGCUGACACAGGAGCAGGUGUACGGGCGCAUCGGCAACAUGUACGGCGGUGCGUUCAGGCACGUGCGCGAGGCGUGGCUGGACUUUGGGCGCGACGUCGUUGUGACGCGCAUCAAGUACGAUGAGCGGGAGAUGGACGCGCCUGACCUGCGCCGGUGCGCAAUGCUUGAUUGCUGCACGCAUGGCGCAAUCCUGCUUGACGAUGGUGUGUGGGCGCAGCUGCGCGAGGACCACGACGCUGGGCGCAUUCGCGGGCAGGACGAGGUUGAAGUGUACACGCACUACCUGCAGUCGAUUGGACGUGUGGACGUGCUGAGCAGCCGCGUGUUUGAGCAGGGGCAGUGCGAGGUGUUUGUUGUGCAUCACCGGAAGAGCGAUGGGCGCAUUGACAUGCGCGUGUUUGAUGAGCGUGGUGCGCAGUGCCUGGUGCAGGCGCGGGACAUUGUGACCGGGAGCGCGGCCACAGACCGGCGGACGCAGCUGCAAGCUGCCGUUUCAGGGCUUGUGUACGACAGCGUGUGGGAGCGUGUUGCUGACGCCGAUAGUGACGCUAUUGGUGUUGACGCUGGUGCUGCUGUCUUCACUGGAUCUGCUGACGAUGACGACUCGCGCCACAAUGCAACCGCCCGUGUGCUUGUUGUGCGGCCAGCAGCAUGUGCCCUGACAGAUGCAAGCGCGCAUGCUGGCACUGGACACGUCGGACAUGUGCUGCGAGGUGCAAUGAGCCGCAGCAGUGGUGGCGGUGCUGACGAUGGGGCUGUGCUGCAGCAAGGCCACACCCCGAACAUCGAUGAAGUGCAGUGGCACGUGAACAACUGCGACUGCUUCUGCUGCAGCGAUGAAGAGUAUGCGGGUGAAAGCGAAGGUGCUGAAGCUGAUGGUGUGGUUGCUGGGCAGACAUGGCACGGGGACCAAUCGACCAUGCGUGCAGCUGUGAGUGCAUGGUUGGCUGGCACCCACACUACCACAGCCAGGCGCACUGCAGCAAGCGCUUCUGACGCUGCUGGUGGUGUCGACGAUGCUGGCGAUGAUGGAGAUCGCAACACACUAUCAUCACCACCAUCACCACCACCACCAUCACCACCACCAUCACCAUCAGCAGCGGCGGCAGCAGCAGCAGCAAGGGAAGCGACGGCCGCGACGCGCGACGGCACUGACAGAGAGUGCGUGGUUGUGUUUGAUGGCGCGUGUGACGCUGUGGCUGACCGACGGACGCAGAUGGCGGCGUUCGUUGAGACGCUGUGGUGUGUUGCCAGCAGCGGUGGACACGCCGGCGCCGGCAAUGUACGCGUUGCUGUUGUGAGUCGCAGCAACAGUGAACCCGCCGGUGGCGGUGUUGUACAGGGCACGCGAGGGCUUGUGCUGCCUGACGGCGUUGGCGAUGUGGGAGCACUGCUGCGGACGCUUCGGCUUGAGGAAGGCCAUGUGCUUGGCACGAGUGUGGUGCUGCGCGGUGCUGACAGAGACGGGAAGCAGCAGCGUGCGCUUGCGCGUGCAGUGUUCAGCAAGGUGCUGCGCGGCGAGGACGAGGUUGUGAUUGGCGAAGAAGGUGAUGUGUGGGUGCGCCGGGGACAGCGGUGCGAUCUGAAGCAGCGCAUGCUGCAGGAUGGCGCCAGGCCCAGGCAGCCAACUGUGGCUGCUGCUCCUGAUGCAUCCGCUGCCAUCGGUGAUGAUGAGGGCAGUGGUGAAGGAGGCAAGCGCGAUGUGGACACUGACCCUCGGGGCUGCGUUGUGAUCAGCGGAGGCCUUGGUGGCCUUGGGCUGGUUGUUGCGGAGUGGGCCGCGUCGCGUGGGGCGGGCCUGGUGUGUCUGCUGAGCCGCAGCGGGUGCGUUGAUGGCCGGAGCUCGAAGCGAUGGCAGCGGCUGUGUGCGGAGCACGGGGACAAGCUGUGCGUGCUGCGGUGCGAUGUUGGCGAUGCUGCUGAGGUGUGCGCUGUGUAUGCUGAGGUUGAGCGUGAGAUGGGGAAGCGCGGCAUGGACGAGCUGUGCCUGGUGCACGCGGCCGGUGUGCUGCGUGACGGGCUGCUGCGCAACCAGAGCGUGGCCUCGUUUGAGGAGGUGGUGCGACCCAAGGUUGACGGGCUUGUUGGCAGCGUGUGGAGCACGCUCGGGCGUGUGCGCGUGCGGGACGUUGUUGUGUUCUCCUCUGUGACGGGGUACCUUGGGAACCGCGGACAGAGCAACUACGCGCUUGCGAAUGGGACUGUUGAUGGGCUUGUUGAGUUUUAUGGCAGGGUUGGGUUGUGUGCGAGGAGCGUGCAGUGGGGCGCGUGGGCUGAUGUUGGGAUGGCUGCUGUGAGCGGGGCUGAUGCUGUGCUUGAGGAGCAAGGGUUUGGCUUGCUGCGGGUGCAGGAAGGGCUUGAGUGCCUGGAGACGGCGCUGCUGCUUGACUCAGGCAGUGUCCUCUGCUGCUCCCCAAUGCGCUGGGAGCAUUACGCAUUGACGUUGGGCCAAGGCCGCGCCUCCGCGUUCGUUUCUUCGCUGCUACCAUCCUCUUCCAAAGCCACGCGUUCCAGGCAUCGUUCUACGUUUACAGGGUUCGCCGCGGAUCUUGCAGCCCUUGAGUCUUCUGCUCGGUUCGAUUUCUUGGCUGAACGCCUUCAGGACUAUUUUGUGUCGUCUCUUGGAGUUGACCUGGAGUACGACACUCCAAUUCAAGAGGCUGGCGUGGACUCUCUUGCCUCCCAGGAGAGCGUUGUCUUCAUUAAGGGCUUAUUUGACUCUGCUGGCGUGUCCGUCCCAAGCACACUCCUCUUCGACUACCCCACAUUACGCCAAGUCACACGCUUUCUGUUGAACGAGCUCCAAAACCAGCUACAAACCGACCUCGACGUUCCCGUGACACUGCAACAACAACACAGCGGGUCUGUGGAAGAGUCGGGUCCUGUUGCCAUCACUGGCAUGGCGUGCCGGUUCCCCGGUGGAAGCAACAAUCCUCACGAAUUCUGGCAGACGCUCAUAUCAGGGACCGAUUGCGUGGGCGAUAUUCCUCAAGACCGCAUCGACCUUGCAAAGCAUUUCUCAAGAGCUCGCGGUGACGAGGAGGCACUCUAUGUUCGCCAAAGCGCGUUCACAGAAGGAUUUGACAUGUUUGAUGCACGCUUCUUUGAUAUCUCGCUGGCAGAAGCAAGGCAGAUGGACCCGCAGCAGCGCGUGCUGCUUGAGGUUGUGUAUGAGGCGCUUGUGGACGCUGGCUUCACAAAGGAGAGCGUGCGCGGGAAACGUGUCGGUGUGUAUGUGGGCUUGAUGGCCGUUGACUGGUUUUCACGACCCAAUCGCCGCCGCAACGCCAUGUUUGCAACGUCAGUAGAACGAGCAGUGCACGCAAACCGCAUCUCGUAUGCCCUGAAUCUCACCGGACCCAGCAUGACAGUUGACACGGCUUGCUCGUCGUCAUUAGUCACAGUGCACCUGGCCAAGCAGGCACUUGCCUGCGGUGACUGCGACAUUGCUGUCGCCGCAGGUGUCAACUUCUUGUUCAAUGAGGACUACUUCAUCGCAGAUUGCCAGGCUGGGAUGCUGUCACCUGACUGCCGGUGCAAGACGUUCGACGCAUCCGCCAACGGAUACGUGCGCGGCGAGGGGUGUGGUGCCGUCGUGCUGCAGGCGCUGUCAUCGUGUGACGGCGACCGCGUCCACGCCGUUGUGCGCGGGAGUGCGACAAACCAGGACGGGCGCAGCGCCAGCCUGACAGCGCCAAACGGGCCUGCACAGCAGGAGGUGAUUCGCAAGGCGCUGGAGCGCGCUGGCCUCGAGGGCCACGAGAUUGACUAUGUGGAGACGCACGGGACCGGCACGGCGCUGGGCGACCCCAUUGAGAUUGGAGCGCUCAAGGCUGUGCUGGGUGCCGGGCGGAGUGCAGACAGGCCGCUGUGCCUUGGUGCUCUGAAGACGCAGAUUGGGCACACGGAGGGCGCAGCUGGUGUUGCGGGCUUGAUCAAGGCUGUGCUGUGCCUGCAGCACGGUGUUGUGCCGGGCAACCUGCACCUGCAGACGCUGAACCCGAAGCUUCCGCUUGAUGGGUUUCCGCAUGUGCUUCCGCAGGGGCGCGGGCAUGAGCUUGGGCGGGGCGAUGAGCUGUAUGCGGGCGUGAGCUCCUUUGGCUUUGGCGGUGCAAACGCGCACGUUGUCAUCACAAGCAGCCCCUCACUUGCGGCACGGCGAACGCGGUCUCACGGUGUACACACGUGGAACCGGCAGGUGUUUGCCGGAAGUGCAACUUUCGAGAAUGUGCUUCGCGGCACUGGGUUUGUCGUUGAGUGCGAGCCUCUUCUUGACGUGGCCGGGCUGCAGUCUGCUUCUGCCAGCCCUCUCUGUGUGGUCUCACCGGCGUAUGUUAUGGACCGGUUUGGCGUUCAGCACUCGCGUGGCGAUGUCUGCUCAAGGCUGUUUGCAGACUCGAGUGCCGCCGUGACGGUUGUUGAUGAGAUGCCCUUGUCGCCGUCCACCCCGCUUUUGGUGCUGUCCGGACUUUGCGGACCAGUCCUUGACUUUACGACAGCGGAGUCGCCCCUGCUAAGGGUGCUCAAUGCUGUCCUGAACCAGGAGUGUGCCCGACCAAUCUGGGUUGCGGUGGAGCUGCAGGAGCCGCUCUCUGGCCUCAGCGCAAGUGACUGCGGCACUAUUGCGGACGGCUGUUUCAACGGCGGCCUGCGGUCUCUCGUGCUGUCCCUGCGCCAGCGCGUGCAGACAGACAUUCGCGUGCUUGUGCUGUCAUCGCUAACGCACUCAUACAAGCACCUUCCAGCCGCACUGGACAUGGCGGAUGCCCUCGGGGAGGACACGCUGGUGAUGUUUGGAGAUGAGCCGCAUGUGAUGCGGCUAGUCCCGUUUGAACCACCCGCGCCCACCCGCGCGCUGCUUCCCUGGCGUGACACGCCUGAACCGGCGUUUAUUGUGUCUGGUGGGCUUGGUGGGCUUGGCCUGUGCGUGGCAAAAUGGGUGCUGGACACGCACCCCGAUGCCCGCGUUGUGUUGCUGUCUCGCUCGGGAAGCGUCUCUGCGGAGAACUGGCCAGCCAUUGAUGCCCUGACAAGGGCACCAUAUGCGGGUCGCGCCUUUGCUGCCCGCUGCGACGUGUGCAAUCUGGCGAACGUGCUGGCACUUGUGCAGGCGCUUGGGGACAUGGGGAUGGAGGUGCACGGCGUGUUUCAUGCCGCGGGCAUCAUGUCCAACACGCUCGACCCGUCGUCCCUCACAGAUGCCGAGCUGCAGCGUGUGCUUGCUCCCAAGACAACCGGCACCUGGAACCUUCACUACGCAAGUCUCCUGACGCCGUGUCGCUUGUUCAAGGUGUACAGCUCGGUGAGUGCCGUGCAUGGGCUUGGCCGAGCCAUCUGGUACGCGUGUGCAAACGAACUUCUGGCAGACAUGGCGGCCUUCCGCCAGGCGGUCAACCUGCCAGCGGUGUGCACGUACUGGGGCCUGUGGACGGAUGCGGGCAUGUAUCAGGCAGCGCUUCAGGACGCGACGGCAGAGCAGCGGGCAUUUGUUGAAGCCAACCGCGAUGAAGGCUUUCCAUCGUACUUUGGCCUGUGGUGGCACGAGGCCCUGUUGCAACCGAGCCUGGAGAACUGGCACGCGUGUGUGAUGCGGGCAAACUGGGAUCUGGUGGCGCGGCGGCUUGGACGUGGGGGCGGCAACGGCCCGCCCUCAAUCCUUCGCUCACUGUGCCGUGGUCAGGCGAGGGCAGAUGAGGCGGCUUCCGACAGUGCGGUCGCCAGUGACGGCUCAUCCCGCGGGAUCAGCCACACAAACAGCGCCAAGUGCAGUCCGUCGUCUUCAUCGUCCAGCAUGGGCGGGAGCGCGUCAGGCGUGAGCAGGUCUGACUCCUGGGCGAAUGACCCGAACUGGUUGGAUAAGCUGGUCACGCAGAGUCGGGAACGUCAGCUGUCAGAGAUGGUGAAAACGAUGCAGGAGCUUGUAGAAGACACUGCGGGGCUGAAGCUGGAGCCACAUGAAGGGCUGAUGGAAGCUGGCGUGGAUUCGUUGGCCAUCGUGGAGAUGCAGCGGUCCCUCCAAGAGAUUGGCAUUCCUGACGUCUCUGUUGAGGUGUUCUUCAGGCACCCGACCGUCCAGGACCUUGGCGAAUGGCUGACGACUGCGCUGUUUGAUUCGAACCUGGUCUCGCGCAUGUUGGAGCAGUCACAAGCAGCAGAGACGGAUGCCUGCAAAGGCGGGCGUGGUGAAGAGUGGCGCGAGGUGACCCCGGAGCCCGCCCGCCGGGGUGCUUUCUCCGUGGCAGUGCCCGAUAGCGCGCGUGCCUCCGCACCAAUCAAACCCAAGGUGGGUACACCGCCAGGCCCUGCCGUGGACGGCGGCGAAGCGCAGAAGCCGGGAGGCCAUGAACGCGCUGGAGGAAAGGAGGGCCGUGGUGAGCCUGGCUCAACAAGAACAUUUGCCCGUACUGCCGGCGGUGAUGGUGAUGGCGGUGGUAGUGGUGGUAGCGGUGAUGAUGAAGAUGAGCUCGGCCGGGACCACCGCCGCAACGACGACGGUUGGCGGCAGCCCAAUGACGACGAUGGUCAACCUGAUGAAGCGCGCGAUGGUGACGCCAGUGCGGACGAGCCCAAGCGGCCGCUGCUUGGCAUUGUCGGCAUGGCCUGCCGGUUUCCAGGAGGCAUCACUUCGCCAGACGACUACUGGUGCUCCUUGGAGGCGCAGCGGGACUGCGUGGGCUCGCUGGCGGGCGGGCGCUUCAGCCAACAAGACGUGGAGGAUGCAGGACUUGCAGACGUGCCCAGGGCAGGCUUGCUCCAUGAUGUUUCAGCCUUUGAUGCGGCUUGGUUUGGCAUUUCCGACCGCGAGGCGUCGUGCAUGGAUCCCCAGCAGCGCAUCCUGUUGGAGGUGACCCGCGAAGCGCUGUACAACAGCGGCAUGGAGCCCGAUGCCGUGCGGGGCAAGCGCAUUGGGGUGUUCGUUGGGGCGACGCAUGACGGGUGGUCGCAGGUGUCGCACGAUGGAGGCGUGGAUCCGAGCGCUUCCUCAGCCACGGGCCACUCGCUGUCCAUUGUGGCGAACCGCGUGAGCUAUGCGUUUGGGCUCCGCGGGCCAUCCAUGGUUGUUGACACGGCGUGCUCCUCCUCGCUGACUGCGCUGCAUCUUGCUCGUCAAAGUCUGCUGGCCGGGGAGUGCGAGGCCGCGAUUGUGGCGGGGGUGAACCUGCUGCUGACGCUCGAAGGGUUCCAGGCCACGCACCGCGCGGGGAUGCUCAGCCGCAGGGGCGCGUGUCAAACGUUUGACGCGCACGCAGACGGCUACGUGCGGUCUGAAGGGUGCGGUGUUGUCAUCCUGCGUAGGCUCAACUCGCCACAUGACCCGUGCCUGUGCCGAGUGCUGGGAACAGCGGUGAACCAGGACGGCCGCAGCUCAACACUGACUGCGCCAAACCCGCAAGCGCAAGAGGACGUGUACCGCGCGUGCUUGGAGAGUGCAGGCGUGCAUGCAAGCGACGUGGGCUAUGUGGAGACGCACGGCACUGGAACGCCGCUUGGGGACCCCAUUGAGAUGUCAGGGCUUCGUCGCGUGUACUGUGAGCACGAGCGAACGGCACCCCUCUACCUGGGCGCGGUGAAGACGAACAUUGGCCACCUUGAGGCUGCCGCGGGCAUCGCCGGCGUGAUCAAGGCGGUGCUGGUGGUUGCCACGCAGCGGCUGCCGCCCAACUUACAUUACGCGACGGUGAACCCUGCAGCGCGUGAGCUGCUUGGGCAAUGGAUGCGUGUGCCUCGUGAGGCGAUUGUGGAGCUGCCACAUGAUGCUGGGCGGGUCGCUGGGGUGAGCUCGUUUGGAUUUGGCGGCACAAAUGCACAUGCGCUGCUUGGGGCUGCCGGUUUCCGCAUUACUGGCACCUACCAUGGAAUUGGUGCGCAGCCUUUUGACGAGCGAUUGUGGAUGACCAGGGGACGCUUUCCACUGCCCGAGAGACAGCAGCAGCCACAGCGACUGCAUCAGCAGCACCAGCAGCACCAGCAGCACCAGCACCAGCAGCACCAGCAGCACCAGCAGCAGCGACAAGGGGAACAGUCACUUGGGGGAGGUGGCACCGUUGAAUUGAGCGCCACACAUCAUGACGCGCCAUCAUUUGAGGCAGCAUUUGAAGCUGUUGCAGAUGCCAUUGAGUAUUGUGGUGGCGCGCGCCCCAGAUCUGUGGACGAGAGGCUUGUCGAGGACCUUGGCAUGGACUCGCUGCAGCUGGCUGAGCUGAGCCAGACCUUGGUUGAGAGACAGCUGGUGCCUGAUGGCAUGAUGUGGGGCGGUGAUGCCAUGACGGUGGAACAGGUGCUGGCGAGCGUGCUUGAUGAGUUGGCGGCGAGGCGCGUAAAUGCUGCCCCCGCCCAUGAAGGGACUGGAGCGCCGGAAGCUGCAGUGGAGACGCUUCCGCCGCACGAAUUCGUGCAGCAACAGCAAUUGCAGCAACAGCAAUUGCAGCGGCUGCAAAACGACAUGGACCGGCUGCUGGAGGUGUUAGCGCGUGCCCUCGAUCAACAGGAACGGCCGCGGCAGCAGCGCCAGCAGCGCCAGGGUGAAGCGGAUGAAAGGCAUAACGACCACCUGUCGGCGGCCAUUCUUCCUCCCAACCCGCCCUCUUACGACCGCCACCGCCAGAACGUGCACCAACAGCAGCAACGACGGCAGCCAUACCAAGGUAUGCCUCCCGCCCACGUAUCUCCUCCUCCCCCAUAUCGCAACAACAACGAACGAGACGACCACGAUCGUCACCGGCAGCACCAGCAGCAGCAGCGACAACAGCGGAGACAGCAGCAGCAGCAGCAGCACUACCGCGAUCAGCACCGGCACCAGCGCCCGCACCAGCACCCGCACCAGCAGCAACAGGACCACCACGACCAGCAUGAGCAGAGUAGAGAGGCACUGGAGGUUUUGCCGCAGUCUGCUCAGUCGACGCGUUCGACCUUGCGCAUGCACACUGAUUUCGCGUUUCCAGGAGUUAACCUGCACCAGUGGCAGCAGCACGCGCAUCAGCAGGCAGUAGAUCACGCCCUCCGCGCCAUGCGACGCACAAGCCUCUCGCCAUCGGGACAUGAAUCACCACAAGGCACGCCUCAUGUUCCCGAGGUGCAGCACUUUGAAAGGCCGCAUGCCCAGCCGCAAGCAGCGCAGGCGGCGCUCCUGAACGACUCCCCGCGCCGGUCCGACCGCUUCUACCGCGACCACUUUGGCACCGAGUUUGGUGAAACGGACAGCGAGAGCGAUGGCCGUUACGCAUGGAGAGAUCUGCCUUCGCCACUAUCACCACCGCAUCACCAGCAACAACAACAACAACAACAACAACAACAACAACAACAACAACAACAACAACAACAACAACAACAACAACAACAACAACAACAACAACAACAACAACAACAACAACAACAACAACAGCAGCAGCAGCAGCAGCAAGGGGCAGUUUCACGCGACGUUGAGAUUGGCCGGGCGUUCCUUGACCUCAUCGAGAACCCUGGACCUCCGCAGACUCUUGAGGAGAUGCUCGCAACCUACGAAGAGGCGAUUCGUGUGGAUGAGCGAGCAGAAAGGGACGACGCGGUCGCCAACGAGACAGCGAGCGAGCGGCAUGCACGCUUUGACGCGGAACUGCGCGCGCGCUUCCGGGCGGUUGAUAUUGCGGAGCGACGUGCGCGGAUGGUGGCGGCGCUCGCCCCCUCGGUCAGCUCAAGUGACAGCUACGAAAGCAUGGUGACGACCACGUCAAGCUUCAUUCGCAACACGGACAGCUACCGCAGUGUAAGCACGAUCAGCACGGAGACCAGCGCGUCCCAUGUGGUGGCGGUGCUUGAGCGCCACGGCCAAGCGGAGCGCUCGCCUGACCUGCCACCCAUGCCACCCAACAUCGGCACACACCAUGCACGUGAGGAGGACCAGCUGCUGGACGGGCGGCAUGUGGUGCUGUUUCGACCGCCUUCAAGCGACCACGACGGAGAAACGACCGAAACAGAUGACGACGCGCGAAGCGAGUAUGCGGUGCAUGCCCAUGCCUCAUCCUCGUUUUGGCGGCGUCAGCCGAGGCGUGCUCACCGGCCACGGCAGCCGCGGUCAGCCCGAGGGCAAACGGCGGCCAUAGCGCGCAUACCAACGCCUGUACCGUCCCCGGUGCAUGUGUCAGGGUUCACGUGGAGCCACACUUUGACAGGAGCUGGUGUCCCUACGACCGCGGGCCAGCAGCAUCAGUCUGCGCUGGGCCCGAACUGGAACAGCGAGGGGGCUCCUGUGUUUCGACGGCACCGAGAGCACGAGCCGCGACUACGGCAUGGAACGAGAAGUGCAAACAGCAUCGAGGAAGAACACGCCUCUCCGAGAUUCGGCGACAGCAGCUCCUGGCGUCGAGACAACAGCGCCGCACGCAUUCGUGGCGGCACUGAACUCGGUGAUGACGAUGCUAACCACCAUGGCGAUGAUGCUGAUGAUGCUGAUGAUACUGAUGAUGGAGCUGGGAUUGCAGUUGAGGGAGUGGGCAGUGCCGUGACGGAGGACGGGCGCGGCCACGAUGCGCUGGAAGCAGGAAGUCCUUUGGAUGUUGAGGACUUGUUCUCACGGCCGAAUCGCUUUGUGCCGCGUGACGCACGUGUGGCCAUCUCCUCCACCGAGAUUUGCGUGUAUUCUGGCGAAGACUUAUGCGUGUGGUUCCCCAUGCAUUUCCGGUAUGAGGUGUUGAAUCUGCUUGUGCAGCUGCGCGGAAGUGCGGAGGACGGCUUCCCGCACCUACCGCAAGGCUUGUACUGGUGUCGUAUUCGCGUGAGGGUCCGUGGGGUGCGUGAGCGUCCGGGCGAGGAUCGUGAGCAGCUGCUACACCGACUGGAGACUACUCCAGGCACGGUACACGAGUCGUAUGAUCCCAACACGGGCACUUGGACCUUUGUGCUGGCCACGCGACGGCCUUAG